AUGGCAAUGACCCAGGAUACAAUAACGAAACCGAAGGGUUUCAAUACCAGCUAUGAUAAUUCUCCCGACAUGGAGCCUGGCAUUCAAGCUGCCGGGGAGAUGGAAGAAAUCCGUCGGGACAUGAAAUCUCGUCACAUUAAUAUGAUUGCAAUUGCAGGAAUGAUUGGAACUGGCUUGUUCUUAAGUUCCGGAUCUGUAAUUGCGACUGCAGGACCGGCAGGKGCAUUUAUCGCUUAUAUUAUAAUGGGCUUCGUCACUGCUGGUGUCUCGUAUACUACCGGCGAGAUUACUUCUUUCAUGCCGUCGACAGGAGGCUUUGUUCGUCAUGCAACGAAGUUUGUUGAGCCCGCUCUGGGUGCAGCAACUGGAUGGAAUUUUUGGUAUACUAUGGCCAUUUCGGUGCCAGCAGAAAUCAGCGCCGCUGCUACAGUUAUACAGUUUUGGAAUGCAUCCAUCAACUCGGCCGUCUGGAUUUCCGUGUUUCUUGUCCUCAUCAUAUUGCUCAACUUGUGCGGAGUCAAGCUUUAUGGAGAGUCCGAAGUCGUCUUCGCAUCUCUCAAAAUCAUGUUAAUCAUCGGACUCAUCAUUGGUGGACUCGUCAUUGACCUAGGCGGUGCCCCAAAUCAUGACCGUAUAGGUUUUCGAUACUGGAACGAUCCGGGCGCUUUUAACACGUACAUCGACACUGGCUCAACGGGUCGAUUCCUAGCAAUCUGGAGCGUGCUGAUUUCGGCUGCUUUCAGCUAUGGCAACAUCCAGGUCGUCGCCAUCUCCGGCUCAGAAACUCAGAAUCCGCGUAAGAUUAUUCCUGCCGCGACGAAGAAGACAUUCUUCCGCGUGUUCUUCUUUUAUGUGCUUAGUAUAUUCAUUGUCGGUUUGAUUGUACCUUAUAACGAUAGACAACUACAAAUCUCCACAGGAACCGCACAACAGUCCCCCUUCGUAAUCGCCUUCCAACGCUCCGGAGUUUCCGUCGUUCCAUCCAUCAUUAACGCCAUCGUCUGCACAUCAGCAUUUAGCAGCGGCUCAGCCUGUAUCUUCAUCGCCUCCCGAACUCUCUACGGCCUAAGCCAGGAUGGUCACGCACCCAAAAUUUUUCAAAAGUGCAACCGUUUCGGCGUGCCGCAUUAUGCCGUGGGCUUGACGUGCGUUUUGCUUCCGCUCGUGUAUUUGAAUGUAGGCAGCAAUACAUCCGUUGUGUUUGGGUGGUUCGUAAAUAUCACGACUGUGGCUGGGUUGAUUGGCUGGAUUGUGAUUGAGGUUACGUAUUUGAGGUUUUAUUAUGGACUGAAAGCGCAGGGUAUUUCACGGAAUGAUCUUCCGUAUCGUGGUCCGCUUCAACCCUACACGGCGUGGGCGACAUUACUCAUGGUGUUCCUGAUCGUAUUCUUCUCUGGAUUCAGCGUUUUCGUCAAAGGCAACUUUACGGCCUCCGGGUUCCUGACUUGCUAUCUCAACGUUUUCAUAUUCAUAGCACUAUACGCCUUCUUCAAAAUCUUCAUGAGGUCCAAGAUAAUACCCUUGUCAGUCCUAGACUUUCAGACCGAGUUUCAGUCCAUCAGGGAAGAAGAGCAGUUUCGGUCGCAAACUGCGAAAAUUGAGGAAGAUGAAAAGUCGUCGACUAUUCUUGGUCACAAAGCAAAAGACAUCGAAAACCAAACAUCAUGGACCUCGCCCAACGAAAACACCUGCAUGCUUGAAGCCUUCGAAUGGUACACUCCCCCGGACGGCCGACACUACCAACGCCUCCAAAGCGCACUAUCAGACCUAAAAGAAAUUGGAGUCGACAAUCUUCUGCUCCCGCCGGGCUGUAAAGCGAUGCAGCCUACAGGCAACGGGUAUGAUAUAUAUGACUUGUACGAUCUGGGAGAAUUCGAUCAAAAGGGCAGCGUCGCGACGAAAUGGGGCUCCAAACAGGAUUUGAUAGCACUGGCGCAGGCGGCGGAGGAGUUGGGCAUGGGGAUGUAUUGGGAUGCGGUGCUGAAUCAUAAGGCUGGCGCGGAUAGGAAGGAGAAAUGUUUGGCUGUUACAGUUGAUCCGAAGGAUCGGAACAUCGACCUCACAAAACCGCAAGAAAUAGAAGCAUGGGUAGGCUUCGAUUUCGCCUCACGCGGCGACGCAUACAGCAAACUCAAAUAUGGCUGGGAACACUUCAACGGCAUCGAUUACAACGAUCUGGACAGCACCAAAACCGCAAUAUACAAAAUAUUUGCUCCGGGCAAAGACUGGGCGAGAGAUGUAUGUACCAGCGAAAACGGGAAUUAUGAUUACUUGAUGUUUGCGAAUUUGGAUCAUUCGAAUCCGGAGGUUCGGAGCGAUAUAAUGGGAUGGGCGGAGUGGAUUGGUGGGCAGCUACCCCUGAAGGGGAUGAGGUUGGAUGCGGUGAAGCAUUACUCGGCUGAGUUUCAGAAGAACUUGGUUGAACAUAUUAGACAGAGCGGGAAGGAGUGGUUUUUUGUGAGUGAGUAUUGGUCUGGGAAUGUGCUAGAGAUUCAGGAUUACUUGAAAAAGGUGGAUUAUAAAGUGCAUGCGUUUGAUGCGCCGUUGUGUCAGAGGUUGUCUGCUGUUUCACAGACGAAAGGGGCGGAUUUAAGGUUGGUUUUUGAGAAGACAUUGGUGAAGUUUGAGCCUGAGCAUGCUGUGGCCCCAAUAUCACCCACCUUUAAGCCACUCGCCUACGCCCUCAUCCUCCUCCGCAAGGACGGGUAUCCCUGCAUAUUCUACGGCGACCUAUACGGAAUCUGCAGCAGCACCCCCACGAAAACCGGAACCCUCAAGAACAGAAAAUUCCGCCAUCCACACGUCCCCAAGGAACUUGAACGAAGCCUCCCAGCAAUAAUUUUGGCAAGAAAGUUAUAUGCCUACGGCGAACAGCAAGAUUAUCUGCCGUCACGGAAUUGUAUCGGCUUUGUGCGUUAUGGCAAUGCGAGACAUCCUUGGGGAAUGGCGUGUGUAAUGAAUAAUGGAUUGACGCCGGUGAAAUUGAGGAUGUUUGUUGGGAAGAGGCAUGCUGGUCAACGGUGGAGUGAUGUUCUUGACUUUGACCAGGCUUUGGAUGAGAGUGGGGAUUUGAAUGGUAAAAGUGAGCAGACAAAAAGGGGUGGGAAGAUGAAAAAGAAGAGGAUAGUCCGGAUUAGUGCAAAGGGUUAUGCGGAAUUUCCGGUUGCGAGUAUGGGUGUAGGUGUUUGGGUUAAUGAGAGUGCCGAGGGGAGGGAGAGGUUUGGGACUUGUUUGUGA